AUGCUCGUCCUUGUCUCCACCCACAUCAUUGGUGCUGACAUCUUUGGCGUCUCAACUGCAUGCCAUCUGGCUAAGAAGUACCCAGGGACGACGAUAAGCCUCGUGGACCAAACUCCGUAUCCCUGCCCUUUGGCUGCCCCAUGGGACUGGAACAAAGUCGUUCGUGCUGACUAUGGAGACCUCUUCUACAUGGAAAAGGCUCUCGAAGCCAUUCAUCUUUGGCGAACUGACCCUCUCUACAAACCUUUCUACCACGAAAGCGGUUUGAUCAACACCGACAAUACAGGACUAGGCAGAGAGAUGAUUGACAAUUACAAAAAGCUGAAUACAGAUGUUGUUCCCGAGCUUAUCACAGUCGAGGCCUUCAAGAAGCGCUACGGCAGCUUCUUUGAGACAACCGACUUCACCGGUAUCGAAGAGAUAUUUGUCAAUGAGAAGAGUGGGUGGGCAGAAGCCACAAAGGCUUUGAAAGCUUUGACCGAUGCCACUAUUAAGUUGGGAGUCAAUUAUGUUGAAGGUGAAAUUUCAACGCUCACAUUCGAUGAUGCAGGGGGCUGUACUGGAGUCAAGUUCAAGGAUGGCAAGCCGCUCACUGCUGAGAGACUCAUCUUAUCCGCAGGGGCUCUGACUGCUAAGCUCAUAGCCGACAGUGCACCGAAGAGACCUGAGCUCCAAGUUGGGGACCGUAUCGUUGCCGCGGCUGUGAUCACUGGGGUUGUCAAUCUGAGUGCCCAGGAUGGGAAGAAAUACACAGAGAUUCCAGUAACGGUGCAUGCCAUACACUCAACCCAAGGAGAAAUCAUGCCUCUCACUCCACCACUUGAAGCAAAUGAACCAUACACCGUCAAAUUCUGUCGCGAUGAAAGUUACAAAAACACUUGCCACCAUCCUGCUUCUUGUCAAUCAUUCUCGAUGCCUCCUGACGAAUCCGAUGAAGCACAACGUUCACCCAGCACUGGUCUAAAAGCAAGGUUAGACAUCGUCAGGAAGGGAAUUCUCGGACCAAAAGCCGACAAAGUUGUGAUUGACGAGUGCAGAGUUUGUUGGAAUGCUGUGACGCCAAACCAAGACUUCAUCAUUGCUCCCCAUCCUCAUUGCAGACGUCUCUUCAUUGCAACGGCAGGGUCAUUCCACGGAUGGAAAUUCAUGCCUACUAUUGGCAAGUACGUGGUUGAAAUGCUCGAUGGCACCCUGGAUGCUGCAUUGGUGAAGCGCUGGGCUUGGGAUAGAGAAAUGAGGGCGGGGCGCAUAAGGACUUGCUACCUCAGAUCGAGCUGA